AUGCAUCGAACUUCUUCGACUAAGGCGUUAUCCCGCCCACCAAAACGUUCCAAAUAUAAUUUUCGAGCUUUCUAUCUUACCAUAUUGAUCAUUUCAUUAUUAGCUGUCAUAAGUCUUGUCGCAGAUCAAAGCGCGAAAUAUCGUUACGGUUCUCAAUAUGGUGUGGCACAAAAACGAGCAUUGGAUGCGCUGGACAGUAGAAGACUUGUGAAACGAGAUGAAGAGUGUCGCCUUGUCCAUCAUGCCGAUGAUAAAUGCCAAUUCAUAUUGGCGAAUUGCCCCGAUGAAACUGCAGGACUCCUCAAUUACCUUUCGCUUUACUAUUGCAAGCUACCAACGGCCCAACCCUUAGCUUUCACCGUUCUUAUAUUAUGGCUUGGACUAUUAUUCUCGACAAUCGGAAUCGCUGCGAGCGAUUUCUUCUGCAUCAAUUUAUCAACAAUUGCGAGCAUAUUGGGCAUGAGUGAGAGUAUGGCAGGCGUAACAUUCCUAGCUUUUGGGAAUGGUAGUCCGGAUGUAUUCUCGACUUUUGCCGCAAUGGGUUCGCACAGUGGUAGUCUCGCGGUGGGCGAGCUCAUCGGAGCAGCUGGGUUUAUUACUGCAGUUGUCGCAGGAUCCAUGGCUUUAGUGAGAGAGUUUAAGGUUGGCAAAAAGACAUUCGUGAGGGAUAUUGGCUUCUUCAUAGUUGCAGCAAGCUUCAGUAUGGUAUUUCUUGCAGAUGGUGCUCUUCACUUGUGGGAAUGUUUUGUGAUGAUCGGGUUUUACCUUUUCUACGUGGUGAUAGUAGUGAUGUGGCAUUGGUACCUGGGAGGACGACGUCGUCGUCGUGAAAGAGAGGCCGCAGCUCGGGGUCAGUACUUGGCAAUGACAAAUGAAGAGAUAGAGGUUACCGAGGAAGAUGGAGAUGAUGAGGAUGCGCCAGCAGGAGAAAGAGAAUUCCGUGGCAAUGAAGAUUUUGCGGAAUUGGAGCGUGGCUCUAGUCCUCAUCCACGAGUGCCUGAACAUGAAGAUAGUGACGAGGAUGGAGAUGAAGGUAGAUACAUUGCUGCCGAGGUGGCUAGCAAUAUGCGAGUGAUACGACCGACCGGUAGCCGGAGGAACACUUUAACUCCCAUUCGUCCUAGUCUGGUCGGCGCUCUAGAGUUUAGGUCGGUUCUAUCAUCUUUACAGAAGUCUCGAGGCUCCCAUGGCCCGCCGAUAAAUUUGCGACGAUAUUCAGAUGACCCAUCGACAUCAUUUGAUCAAAUCAGGACAUCUGCCACAACAUCAGCUCCGGCUUCUGAAUAUGCUUUGAGCAUAAAUCCUAUCGUUACUGGCGAAAAUGAUACACAGCGCCCUAAGCUAGAUACAGUACGCAGUAGAGCCGUCUCUAUGAACGCUGCGUCAGCCCUCAAGCUCCCGGACCCCGCAGCAUUCACCGUCGCAGAUGUGCCGGAUAUUGGUAUAAUGGCAGCCACCCCGACUUUUCCUCAGCUUCUAAGAGUUCCUUCUCCAGGUCCCAAAUCGCCCACAGUCUCUAUCUCGCCUCCUCCGUCCUUCGAUGGAUCACAAAAUGACAGACUAUUCACAAACAGCACUUCGCGUUGGAAUGAUGAUUUGUUGGCACCACCCGGGAAUGAAUCUCCAGCAGCAUCACCCCGGCAUCCACGUUCACCAAACAUAGACCCUGUAAGUUCAAAGGCAAACUCUACUAGAUCACGAACAGUACAAAGACCUCAGCUUCAAAUCCCAAGUUCAUCAAGAGAUAGCUCGCGAAACCGGACACAGUCACCAAUAUUACCAUUUCCUAUUUACACGGACUCUCCACUCUUAUUAUCAGGGAAUAGUUCUAAGGCUCCCAGUAUCCUGCUGCCAGAUUCUGAAAUCACACCUGAGUCGGUUAAUUUGGAGCACGAGUUGUACUGUCCGGAAAGGCCAAUAAGAUGGUGGCCAUAUCGCAUAUUACCCAGCCCACAAAUCGUACUUACAGCUCUAUUUCCUACACUAUGCACGUGGAGAGAUAAGAGCCGAUGGGAUAAAUUUAUCAGCGUUAUUUCGGCCCCUAGUAUCUUCCUUUUGGCAAUCACAUUGCCAGUGGUUGAGUCAGAAUCUAAAGACCAGGAAGAGAUAAGCUCCAUCGACCAAAGGAGGGAAUCAGGCACAUCGAGGAGAAACACCGGCCCAUCACUGAUCCCGGAUAGUCCAUCAUUCAUUUCAGAAGCAGGAUCCGAAUGGGUGGAAUACCAACGGAGUCGACGGAACACACAGACUGAUGAUUGUCCUCGGUCCCCUAUUUCAGAUUUUGGUCAACACAAUACCGCGGCGGUAGCCAUCUCUGCUGAGCGCCAUCAUUCUCAUUCGCACCAAGUUCCCAUGUCACCCACCAAAAAUAUCGGCCCGUCUCACGAGGAUGCGAUUCAUAACGAACCGGGGGUAGAACAUUCUGGAGACUGGAACCGCUGGCUUGUCGUGCUUCAAUUGUUUACAGCUCCUCUUUUUGUGGUAUUCAUAUUUUGGGCUAACACUGACGACGGUGACUCGAGGUCGCUUAUACGUCUAGUUUUGUAUUCCAUUCUCGGGUCUCUGGUAGCAUUUGCCAUUCUCGUAGUAACAACAACCCAUUCUCGGCCCCCUAAGCAUCGAUUUGUGCUUUGUUUCCUCGGGUUCGUCGUUGCCAUCGCUUGGAUUUCCACCAUUGCCAACGAAGUUGUCGGAGUUCUCAAAGCAUUUGGUGUCAUUUUAGGUAUCUCAGAUGCAAUCCUUGGCCUUACUAUCUUCGCUGUUGGCAAUUCAUUAGGAGACCUCGUCGCCGAUAUCACAGUUGCCAGAUUGGGAUAUCCUGUUAUGGCAUUGAGUGCUUGUUUUGGCGGACCGAUGCUAAACAUUCUCAUUGGCAUUGGUGUUAGUGGCGCAUACAUGACAAUUAAAGAGGCCAACCACAAACAUCACAAGCAUCCGAACAAAGAUAUCAAAUAUAAGCCAUACGAGAUUGAAGUCAGUGGUACACUAAUGGUCAGCGCUAUCACUUUGCUGAUCACAUUAGUCGGACUUCUCAUUGCAGUACCGAUGAACAAAUGGGUAAUGAGUAGAAAAAUUGGAUGGGGUUUGAUUAUUCUCUGGUCCAUCAGUACAAUGAUUAAUCUUGCCGUGGAGUAUCUUCUAGCCCUCGAGUUAACUUCGCCGGCUAUCGCGAUAAUGAGCACCAUGCUCCCGGGGACACACGUCUUCUCUCAUCAACAUCAAUACAAUCCGCAGGUCGACCAACCAUGGAUGCACCAGCAGACCCACCUUCAACAGGCGCAGCAGCAGCAUGCAGCGGCGGUUCAGGCAGCUCAUUAUAAUCGCAUGGCGGGUCAAAAUCAAAACCACAACGCCGCUGUACCUUCCAUUUCUUCAAAUCACGGACAAGACGCAGCAGCCAUGAUCGACUCCAAUGUUUCAGAAGAAAACAGAAGGACUUUGAACUUCAUUGCAGAUUUACUCAAUGAAGACACCAGGGAAGCGGCUCUCCUGGAACUCAGCAAGAAGCGCGAGCAAGUGCCAGAGCUUGCAUUGAUACUGUGGCAUUCUUUUGGUGUGAUGACAUCACUUCUCCAAGAGAUAAUCUCAGUCUAUACUCUCCUUAAUCCCUCCCAACUCACCGCCGCCGCAUCAAAUCGAGUCUGCAACGCCUUGGCCCUUCUACAGUGCGUUGCCUCUCACAAUGAGACUCGCGCCCUUUUCUUGAACGCUCACAUCCCUCUUUUCCUCUACCCUUUCCUCAACACGACUUCCAAAUCCCGACCUUUCGAGUAUUUACGUCUUACCUCCCUUGGAGUCAUUGGUGCCCUUGUCAAGAAUGAUUCAUCCGAUGUCAUCAAUUUCCUCCUCACUACUGAAAUAAUCCCACUAUGUCUUCGAAUCAUGGAGACCGGAUCAGAACUUAGUAAGACAGUUGCAAUCUUCAUUGUGCAGAAGAUCCUCCUCGAUGAUCACGGUCUUAAUUAUAUUUGUGCUACCUAUGAGCGGUUUUAUGCUGUUGGCACAGUACUCAGCAAUAUGGUUUCACAACUUGUUGAGCAACAAACCGCGCGAUUGUUGAAGCAUGUCGUCCGCUGCUUCCUUCGAUUGAGUGAUAAUGCGCGAGCCCGCGAAGCUCUCCGCCAAUGUCUCCCCGAACCUCUCCGCGAUGCCACUUUCUCCUCGGUCCUUCGCGAUGACGCUGCUACCAAACGAUGCCUUGCACAACUCCUCAUCAACUUAUCCGAUAACGUUGUUGAAUCUUCAUCGGGUCACCAAGGUCUCUAA